GGGCCGUCACAGAGACACGGUCAGAACAAGGCGGACCUCGAAGGCCUGACAUUACGACUCAAUCGACUAAGCCUCAAUUUGUGCAAUGCCCCGCCAGCCUGGGAUCCUGUUGAACAAUGCCGGAGAGAUUCAUUUGUUAGGAUGCUGCAAGACACCUCAGCACGAGUGACGACAUUGCGUGAACGUUGUCUCACAUCUACAUCUGUCACACAGGCUAUCGCUGGAUGCUUUACUGAAAUAGACCGUUAUCUGGCCGACUAUCUGUGGUUGUCCCAGAUCCAAAGUCGACGUGACACACACGAAGCGUUGACAAUCCUACGGAGGGAGCAGGCGGAUCGUCAGAAGUUCCUGAUGACAAUCGAAAGCAUAGUCAUACGUGGACAGGCCUCCGUGGGACCGUCUGUAUCGCAUUUAGCCGGAACCGUGACCUUGGUGGACGCAACAGGCCACAACCACCCAAUAUCACUGAACUUCUGUGCCUCAUUCCAGCAAUUCAAUAACAUGCUCCAAGUUCUGUUUGAACGCCAUGCGAAAGAAGCCCAAAUUCAAAGACGGUAUAUAGAAGAAGGAAAGUAUGAUUUGUGCAUUGACGAGGGCACGCAAGUAACCCCACUUACAAGCGACAAAUGGUCAAGCAUUGAACCAGGCACGACGAUUGUGAUGAGGGUUACUAUUCAACAGAAAACGAGAUCAGGCGUUGAAGUUGACUACCGAUGUCAUUUUUGUGGCGCUGUGAAUCGCCUUGACGCCAAGUCUGUGAAAUAUCGUUCUCGAGGGCGGACUGUUUGCUCGACUGAUUGUCAAGAAUGCAAACGACGCUUUCAGAUCACCCGUGAUGAACAUAAGCGGAUCACACCAUCAUCUAACAGUGACUUCAAUUACACGACUGACGCAGAAACACUCCUCGUUCGCAACUUUCAUGUCGAGGAAAUUGUAUGUCAUUUGGGAACAUCGCUAGCAAUGUUAAGCUGAGGUCUCGAUGUACCUUCUGCUCUCAGCCUGUGCGUGAUCUCGUGGUUCGACGUUCUUGGGCGAUGCUGACGGUGGCACGGCCAUGUCCUGCUCUCAGUCUGUGCGUGAUCUCGUGUUUCGACAUUCUUGGGCGACGCUGACAGUGGCACGGCCAUGUCCCGCUCUCAGAGAGUGCGUGAUCUCGUGUUUUGAGGUUGUUGGGCGACGCUGACGGUGCCACGGCCAUGUCCCGCUCUCAGUGGGUGCGUGAUCUCGUG